AUUUUUCCGUCGCUUCUGGAAGAGUUUCAGAGACGAGAACAGGAAACAAGAAGCGAUAUAGAGUGCGUGGGGAAGGAGCGAGAUCGAUCGUCGGUGCGAUUGGCACCCGCGAUGCCGAGUUGAGACGCGGUCGGGAAAUCGGCGCAAUAUGCAGUGCGAACCUGGGCCCGAGUUCGAGUCUCCGUUACCUGCUGUAAGGACUGUUGAACGCGAUGCUGCUAGCGGCGGCUGACGUGCCGCACCAUGCCAGCCGCCCGGCCCUGGCCGACCCCAGGGCCCCGGUGCCCGUCAGGGUCUUCCAACCCCUGCCGCCGUUUCCGGCUCCUGUCGGCGACCACUUCGUUCCGGGCUACCCGCCACAUGGUCACCUCAUCCCUGCUCCAGCGCUGAACUGUCCGCAUGUCGAGGUGUCUGCAUGUUGGGGUCUCACUAUACAUUUACCUGUGGGGGUUACAAAGAAGCCGUCGCGACUUGUAACACGCGUCAUUGCGACUUCGUCAGUCGUUUUUCGAGGCUGGUUUGAAAAGCCCGGAAAUGCUUCUUGA